AUGGCAGCUCAGUCCAAGAUCCCCAUUCCUCCAGAACGGACACUUCGAACCAUCGUGUCCCGCCUGACCAGCCUCUACGUGUCGAACCGAACGCGCAUAUCACGAGCCAUCUGGAUUACCUUGUUCAUUGCUCUUGCAAACCGCAUUCGCUAUGCCGUAUCCGAACAGAAGGCUGCGUCGGCACGCGAUGCUGCACAGCGGGAAGCGCGGCGUGGCGUCACAUCGUCCACCGACUCGAACGAGAAGGAUGACGGGAAGCCGAGGAAGAAAGUCGAGCUCAACAGGGAGUUCUUUCGCUCGCUUCUCCGAUUGCUGAAGAUUUUGGUACCUGGGUGGCGCUCGCAAGAAGCCAGAUUGAUCACAAGCCAUACUUUCUUCUUGGUGAUGAGGACGCUGAUUAGUGUUCGCGUCGCUGAGAUGGAUGGAGCGAUCGUCAAGGCGCUGGUAAAGGGCCGUGGCAAAGAGUUUCUAAAGCGCAUUGCCUGGUGGAUGAUUAUUGCCGUGCCGGCGACAUUCACGAAUUCCAUGCUUUCGUAUCAUCAGGCGGAGCUCUCGCUCAAAUACAGGACGCGCCUCACCCAACAUAUCCACGACAAAUAUCUUUCGCAACUCACUUUCUACGGGAUUUCGGCGUUGGACGACCGAAUAAAGAACCCCGAUCAGCUGAUUGCAGUAGACGUUUCCAAGUUUUCCAACAGUCUGGCAGAGCUUUACAGCAACCUGGCCAAGCCAUUCCUCGACAUGACUAUUUACACAUACUCCUUGUCCAAGAGCGUGGGAGGAGAGGGUGUCAUCUUCAUGACGCUGCUCGUACAGCUGUCUGCUAAUGUCAUGCGGGCACUUACACCCCCAUUCGGCAAAUACGUGGCCGACGAGGCUAGACUCGAAGGCGAGUUCCGAUUCCAGCACUCGCGUCUGAUCGACCACAGCGAGGAAGUCGCGCUGUACGGUGGGCACAUGGCCGAGAAGGACACGCUUGACAAGGGCUACUUCACACUGAUCAAGCAUGUCAAUUACAUUCUUCGACGACGGUUUUACCAUGGAUUCAUGGAGGACUUUGUCAUCAAGUACUUCUGGGGCGCGCUUGGCCUGCUCCUCUGCAGUGUCCCGGUGUUUGUCAAGAUCCCAGGGCAGGUGGCGAUGAAUAUGGGCGAUCGCACCGAAUCGUUCGUCACGAACAGACGCAUGCUGCUGUCGGCAUCGGAUGCCUUUGGCAGAGUCAUGUUCUCCUACCGCGAGAUUAUGGAGCUGGCCGGCUACACGUCGCGAGUCGCCUCCCUGUUGGACGUCAUGGACGACAUUCAAUCUGGCCACUUUGAGAAGAAGUUGGUCUCGGCCUCCAGCGUCGAAGGGAACGAAGCCGUGUUGAAAGGUCGCGGUACUGUUCACGAGAGCAGCGACAUUACUUUUAUUGAUGUACCCAUCAUUUCGCCAAACGGCGACGUUCUCGUGAAAGCACUGUCCUUCUCUCUCAAAGACGGCGACCAUCUUCUCAUAGUUGGACCCAACGGCUGCGGCAAGUCAUCGCUAUUCCGUAUUCUUGGUGGUCUGUGGCCAGUCUACGGCGGAACGGUGUACAAGCCACCUUUCAGUGCGAUCUUCUACAUUCCCCAGCGCCCCUAUCUAUCGCGGGGAUCUUUGCGUCAGCAAAUCAUAUACCCGGACUCGCUGCGCCAGAUGCGCUCUCGUGGUGUUACCGAUGCUGACCUGCUAUCCAUGCUGAAGCUUCUCGGUCUGGAACAUCUCGUGGAGCUGUACGAUGAGGGCUGGGAUGCCGAGGCUGAGUGGCGGGACGUUCUCUCCGGUGGUCUCCAGCAACGCGUUGCCAUGGCUCGUCUGUUCUACCACCGCCCGCGCUAUGCGAUUCUUGACGAGUGCACCAGCAGUGUCACCCUGGACACCGAGAAGGCCAUGUACGACAACGCCAAGGCAUUGGGGAUUACUCUGAUGACGGUCAGCCACCGCCGCAGUCUUUGGAAGUAUCACACACACAUUCUGCAAUUCGACGGUCAGGGCAAUUACGUGUUUACCAAGUUGGACGCUGACAAGCGACUUCAACUCGAGGAUGAGAGGGAAGAUUUAGAGGUCAAGUUGAGACAAGUGCCCGAGCUAGAGAGGCGGAUGGCUGAAUUGGAGGAAGCCCGAGCUGUAGAAGUCGCCUGA